UGUUAAGUGUCGGCCAGUACAUACAGGCAAAUAUUUUUGAUUUUUUAGAAUUUUUUUUAAACGGUCGUAAUCAUGAUUCUUGAAGAGAUUCACAUUAGACAACGUUUAUGUGCUCUGAAACUGAAAGCGGCUCAAAGAUACAACAUAUGUCCAGAAAAAUGUCAUGUGGGACAUUUAGUUUUGGAAGGAUUCCUGGGAAACCCGACUUUGUUAAAUCAGAUUGAUGCAGCCACCGAGACGAGUGAGACCAACGAAUCAGUAGCCAUCCGCUCCAUGCGGCUGGCCAGCGCGCUCAGCAACUAUGGCCUGAAGCCAGGAGACCCGGUCGUGGUCAUCGGCCCCAACCAUUUGGACAUGGCCAUCCCGUACUACGCCUGCCAUUUCAAUGGCUACCCCAUGUGUGGGAUGGACCCCACAAUUGGACCAGUUGACCUCCAGGGUCUGUUGCCAUACGUUUGCCCAAAAGCAAUAUUUUGUUUUAAAAACGCUGCCGAAUAUGUCAAACAAGCAUUCGCUGCAACCAACUUAGACGCCAAGAUUAUCGUCUUUGAUGAUGAAAAUAACAACAUGGAAAAGUUUAUCCAAGAAAAUAAUGGCACAGAGGUUAACUUUAGGCCGGCUGAAUUCAAUCAUUCAGAGAUCGCAGCGUGGCUGGUGCUGACAAGCGGGACCACUGGAUUACCUAAAGUGGCUGUCAUACCUUACGAUACCUUACUCAACUCGAUCUGUUGUUGGUGGGAAAAGUUCACAGGACCAGUGAAAAUGGUCUUGACAAUGUCGACAUUCCAGUGGAUGUCUUCGCUCUUGUUCUUCAUCUGUGGGCCGAUGCGGCAGUACACUAGGCUUCAGUGCUCCGCGCCGCUUACACCUCCACUGUUGAUUGGUGCCAUUAAUAAAUAUAGGCCACACGUAACGGCCUGGACGCCGCAUUUGCUGGGCCAAUUCCUGCAAGGCACGGAGAAAAUUUGCGAUCUAUCCUGUUUCAAAUAUAUCAUCAUUGCAGGCAGCCCAAUGGAGAAACCGAUAUUGGAUCGAGUCAGGGCGAGAUGUGACGCCUUCUUGUACCUAGUGUACAGUAUGACGGAGCUUUUGGUUCCUGCAUUCGACUUCGGCGAGGACACGCCUUUCGGCUCGGUUGGGCUACCUUUUGAAAAAUACAAAUACAUGAUUGUAGACGACGAAGGCCACGAGCUCGGAAAGCCUUUUAAAUCCGGCGAACUUUGGAUUAAAGGCGACGCUUUCUUUAAGGAAUACCUGAAAAAUCCCGAAGAAACUAGAGAGAUGGUGACUGAGGACGGCUGGUUCAAGACCGGUGACAUAUUCUACAAAGAUAAUGAAAAUUAUUAUUACUUCGUCGAGAGGAAAAGACUGCUCAUCAAAAGCGCCGGAUAUUGGAUAUCCCCUCUGCAGCUGGAAGACAUCGUGAAGCGGCACCCCGCGGUAGCUUACUCUUGCGUGGUGGGCAUCCCCGACCGGGAGAGAAUGGAAGUGCCCGUCGCUGCCAUCGUCAGGAAGAACGGCUCGCAGAUCAACCCUAAAGAGAUAUUCGAUUUAGUCAAAGAAUCAAUGCCUGAUCUGAGGCAACUUCACGGGGGUUUCUUCUACAUGGACCAACUUCCCAUCACGUCUUCGGGGAAAGUCCACAGAGCUAAAGUCAAAGAAGUGGCGCUUACUGCUAAAAGAAUCCUGCCAACAUCUUCAUAAUAAUUAUUAAUAGUCUUAAAAUUCGGUAAAUAAUUAAAUAGUUAUAGUUAUGGUGAUGAUAGAAAUGAAUCUGUAUAUAUUUUAACAUUAUUAAUUAGCAAUAUAAUUAUUUCUUAGGUUUAAAUUAUGCCAGUAGAUACUAAUAUAUGAAUACCAUUAGUGUUAGAGUAUGUUUAACCUGCAGUCACAUAAUUCAACCAUGUCCAAUGUUGGCGUUCUUCCAUGUAACACGAAUAAAAAGAUGAAUGGACAGCUUCCAAGAAAUGUAAUAUUUAAAAUUUACAUUAUAAAUACUCUUGAUUUAUUGACUUAAUUUAAAUAUGUUUGUAGUAAGCUUAAUGUAGAUACGCAGAAUAUAUUUUUGUUGUAAAGUACAUCUUAACCAACCAUUUAAGAUGCAAAAGCGUCUACUUUGAUGUAGAGGACUCCAUCUUGAACUAAAUAAGAAUAAUUAGUUUAGUUAAGUCUUUACUAGAUUGCUUUAAUAUUUAUCUCAUCCAUUGUACCAAACUUAAUCUAACGCACGUAUUCACAAACGUUCGCAUCUCACAGUGCGCGUGGACGCACAGGGUGACAAAAACCAAUCACAGAGCUCUAUUCAACGCUGUGCGUUCGAUUUGCUCCUUCACUUAAGCAAGCAUCGUUUGUGAAUAAUAAGCCUUAUCCAAUAAUCUACACAGCGUUGCAGAAAAAUUCAGAAUGGAGUUUCGUAGCGCAGGCUGCAGUGAUAGGUUUAAAGUAAAUAGCCAUGCGUCCGUCACUCACCCGCCGGAUUAUUUGACGACACACGAGGCAUUUUUGCCCAGGAUUACUGGGACUUGUGCAUACAUAUGGAGCAUGAUGUUUUAGAUGAGAACACUAAUUGAUUAUUAAGAGAUUCCCCACUUAAAUAGGUUAUUCUUAAAUUCAUAAAGUAGGUAAAUAGAGAUCGACCGCCGCGAGCGAUGUGCUGUCACUCAUCCGCGGGGAUUAUUUGACGACACACGAGGCAUUUUUGUCAAGGAUUACUGGGUCUUUUGCAUACAUAUGGAGCAUGAUGUUUUAGAUAUGAGAACACUAAUUGAUUAUUUAGAGAUUACCCACUUAAAUGGUUAUUCUUAAAUUCAUAAAGUAGGUAAAUAGAGAUCGACCGCCGCGAGCGAUGCGCUGUCACUCACCCACCGGAUUAUUCGACGACACACGAGGCAUUUUUGCCCAGGAUUGCUGGGACUUUUGCAUACAUAUGGAGCAUCAUUUGACAAUGUGUUUAGAUGAGAACAGUAAUUGAUUAAAAGAUCCACCGCAGUGUGUUCGGUAUUUUUAAUUCAUAACUACUAAAAAAGAUAUCGACCGCCGCGAGCCAUGCGUCUGUCACUCACCCGCUGGAUUAUUUGACGACACACGAGACAUUUUUGCCCAGGAUUACUGGGACUUUUGCAUAAAUAUGGAGCACUAGCUUUCCGCCCGCGGCUUCGCCCGCGUGGAAUUUUGUCUGUCACAGAAAAACUUUAUCGCGCGCGUCCCUGU